UUCAUAAAUAAUUAUUAUCUGUAUAUUUCAAGUCGGACCGAAGUACACUGAUUUCUUUGGUACUCACGCCGAACCGGCAUUGGGUCCGUCACCACUCGCUUGUUUGUUGAAGCCGGAUCCAAUGCCGGUUCACCAUGUUUACCGAUUCGCAUACAGACACCAAGCAUCUUUGGUACUGCUGAACUCACCAGUUUUCUUACUAUCUGACGCUCUCAUACUACAACCUACCCUGCUGAAAAUGUUAUCAUUGCAUUAACUAGGCAUUAACUUCAUGUCGCCUUUAUUUAAGUUUCACUUUAAUGUUUAAAGAAUUGACAUAAAUCAAUAUCUUUAUGUGUCGUCUCAAAUAUGCGAGUCCUUAUGUCUUAGGACGAGAAAUGGGCAAAAUUAAAAUGCGGCGAUCACGAGGUAGCUGCACAAACCUAUUUAAAAAUAUUAAGUGAUAUGAAAUUGUGAUUUAAUUAUUUGAAUUGAAUUUAAGAAUUGACUAAUGGAUUACCAAAGUAAACAGACACAGACAACCCCUACCUCAGAUUCUCAAGAAAAGGAAAAUAACGUGAUGUCAUGUGGUGAUACUCCUGUUGACUUGGAGUCAUCGCCAUUGGCCGUUAUACAAAAUGAUCAGGCUGAUCGUAAUGAUGCCGACACGGACUAUUCCCCUUUAACGAGCGGAAUGGAAUCUGUUUCGACCCACUCCAACAGUGGAAUGGAAAUGGAGUCGACUGCCGAUGCGAAUCGGCUAGGAUCAGAAUCCACUCUGUCGAAUGAAGAGCUCCGACCUUUGGCCAUCCAACCGUGUCUUUCAUCGUUUAGUUCUUUUACCUCUGCGAAAUCGUUCAAUGGAAUCACAUGGCCUUCUUCGUCCUUGUGGGAAGAUGGGCCACGUAGAAGUGCUUUUCUCCCAUACAAACCCACGACUGUUCUUACCAAUUUACAAAGAGGAAAUAUUCGAGCUGAACCUACGGAAACAAAUGCCAAUGGCGUUUCAUGGUUUGAAAAAGCAGGCUGUGGAAAUAUUACUCUACAAGAUAUAAAAAAUGCAGUGAAUGUAGAUCAAGUUGAUAAAAAUGGAUUAACCGCAUUGAUGUGGAGUUCUGCCUACGGCCAAACGGCUUCUGUUGUGCUUUUAAUCAAAGAAAAGGCUGAUAUUCAUAUUCAGGGGAAUCAUUUAGAAACUGCUUUACAUCUCGCUGCUGCUGGAGGUCAUCACGAUAUUAUUCGAGUUCUGAUUUCAAACGGAGCAGACGUCAAUGCUGAAGAUGAAGAUGGAAAUUCACCCUUACUGUAUGCAGUUUUCGGAGAUCACGCACAUGCUGUAAAUGAACUGAUAGAAAAUGGCUGUGAUUUAUGGGAACCAAAUAAUUUCCAAGUCAAAGCUUACAAUUUGGCCGUGGAACAAAACUGUAUCCAAGCAAGGACAGUGAUAGAAGAGUACCUGAAGCAACUUGUUAACAAAUUGUGAUUAGCUGCACUGUUCAAAAUCUUUUGUUAUUUAUUAAUGCUAAGACAUGCCUGCAAUUGAAAUGAGUAUUAUACAUUUGGUUUGAUACUUUGACUAGGUUAUUUUUUGUUAUGAAACAAACGCUCUCUAAUGAAUUUUUGCAUUAUUUAAAUUAAAUAAUACAAAAACACCAACCAUGAUAUAUAAACUAGUGAAUUUAUAUGUAUUUAAUUAUUAAAUGGACCCGCUUAAUCUUUUCCUCCUUUGUAAUAGUAGAAACUACACUGAGAGGCAAAAAAAAAAAAAUGUUGCCCACCCUGUUGUUACUUUGUUGUUUACUGGACAUUUUUAAAGAAACUUAAAAAUGGUACAACUUAAAAAAAAAAUCAUCACCGGAAUAUUAGAAAGAAGCUUAAUAGAAAAUCCAACAAAGAAGACAUUGAUUAUUCAAAUAUUUAUCUACAAAAUCCAAUUGUGAACACACGUGGGAGAUUUUAUUUACCUCCAAUCCUUUAAAAAAGGCCAAAUAUUGUAGUAAGAUAAUCAUUGAAGGAUUGUCUAAGAGCUAAUUAAAAAUAUUAAGGGUGGCCACUUUUUUGCCUCUCAGUGUAUUACGUCCUUUCUAAUAAAAGUGAGUUUUAUUUUAUGGACAAUUAUGUAUGUGCAUGCAUGCAUUAUACAUUGAUACCAUUGAUUACUAGUGAUUUUUUUAAUUAAAAAAAAAUAUUAUUUGAUAUUUGAAUUAAUUAUACUUUUUCUUCUCA